CUCUCUCUCUCUCUCUCUCUCUCUCUCUCCAACCAUUUACCCAACAGCAAACACCAAAUCCAACCCGCAAACCACACCCGCCCUCCGAUUUGCGCUCAUCAAUCUACUCUCAAAAAUGGGCGACAAACUGACUCAACUCCAAGAGUCCAUGGAUCAAGUCUGUCCUCCGCCUCCCUCCCUCCCCCCCUCCCAACCAUCACUAACCUCCCCCUCCCACAGCUCCUCACCCAAUUCAUAGCAGCCCUCUACUACAACGAACGCCACCACGACCUCCAAAAAUUCUCCCCCAACGACAAAAUCCCCGAACUCAAACAAGACCAGCCCCCCGAGGUUGAUACCCUCGACCCUGAACAAUUCAAGGCUGGGCAGCUCGAGCUCGCUAGAGAUCUCAUCACGAAGGAGCAGCAGAUCGAGUAUUUGAUCUCGACGUUGCCGGGUUUAGAUAAUAGUGAAAGAGACCAGUUGCAGAUGAUACGGGAGUUGGAGGAGGAGCUGGGGGCGGCGGAGCAGCAGAGGCAGGAGGCGUUGAGGGAGCGGGAUGAGGUUUUGAAGAGGUUGGAUGGGUUGGUUAGGCUGAUUAGGAGGCACUGA